AGUAUAUGUGUCCUGUGAGCAAAUUCUCAAGCUUAGGAGAGGUUCCUACAGUCAGGAGUCGCUCCACCAGGCAGUAGAAUUGAAAAUGGGACUGGCUCAGAGCCUGUGAUUUGAUCGGAUGUCAUCGUCGGCUGGCGAAAAUGGACGACUUCGCCGGAGCACGACGUCUUGUGCUGCCGCAGCUCCUUUCUCCUGCAGAAUGCAAGGAACUCGAAUUCAUCCACAAAAGUUGUGGCGUUGUUGGAUAUCGACCUUGGGUGCUCUCCACUACACUCUGUCAUUUAGUCGCUACCAACUGUGCUAAUCUCAUUUUGCCUAUACUCCCCAUUCGAGAAAAGGUGAAGGAAAUUGUGGAGGAGCACUUUGGUCGCGAGUACGAACUUUUCACCGAGUUCACUGGCUUGAUCAGCUGGACUAAGGGAGCCAAGAUUGGAUGGCAUAGUGAUGACAACAGACCCUACUUAAAGCAGCGGCACUUCUCGGCAGUUUGUUAUUUGAACAAUUAUGAAGAGGAUUUCAAAGGAGGUCUUUUCCAUUUUGAAGAAGGUGAUCCACAGACGGUAGUUCCAUCUGCUGGGACUGUUGUCAUCUACACAGCAGACGAGAAAAACAUGCACUGUGUUGAUGAGAUAACAGAUGGAGAGCGCUGCACGCUCGCUCUGUGGUUCACACUGAACAAAGCACAUGAUGAGGACGAGAAACUGAUCCAGCAACUCUCUGCCUUGAGCUCAAACUUCUGUGGCGUCAUGUCGGACCAAAUCUUAGAACAAGGUGGUCUCACUUUGGGCCUUCCAGUUUCUGCUUCUAGUAUCAUGUACAACUUAAAUGGGAGCGUUCAGCAAGAUGAACGUUCAGAUGAAAAGUCGGAAGUCGCAGAAGAACGUCCUGUUGAUGAUCUUCGUCUCGGUCGUAUGGCUCGCCUAGGGUUUACAUGCAGUUUUUCUUCAAACUACUCUGGCGAUGAACAGGAUCGGCCUGUGGGCAUCUUGUACAGGCACGAAGAAGUGCCUUGCACAUUUUCAAAUAUGAUGCACGCUUUGCAGGUGAUCCAGUUUCACCAUUUCAGACGAUCUAUCAUGAAGUUAAAAUCUUCUGCUGAUGCAGAGGAAACUUUAGCGUUUUCGAAGAUACAUGAUGGUACUAACCGUGAAAGUCUGGGCAAGGAAAACUCACCCCUAGAGAACACACAUGGAGGUACGCAAGCAAGACGGACUUCCGAAGCUCAUUUAGAUGCCGAUAUAGAUGUACGAUCCAAGCGUAGGUUGGCAAUGAAAACAGGUAGAGAAAUGCAGUGCGUAGAAACGGAGAUAUUUGAAGUACGUGACUUCAUCGAAAGUUGGAAAGAAUGGAAGGCAUACUCUUCAAACCUGUGGGACCAGGUGUGCAAUUUUUUGCCUACGUGGAAGGCAACUCGCUUAUUAGUGAAUCAUACUUAAGCACCUUGCGCUACUUUCCCGACAAUCUCAUCAAAAGCAGACUUAGUGUUGAUCAUUCGUCAAACUAAUUUCUUCUACCGUAACCAGCGCAACGUCAAAGUUAUCACCCGAUGAAGGAAAAACCUGAACUUCGGAUUAACUGAGUUCGUGUGAUUCUACAGAAAAGAAGCAGCUAGUUUCGGUCAUAUGCAUCCAAGCACCCAUCAAAGGUCUUAAAUCCUCUUCACAGCGUAUUUCUCAUUCUGUUUCCGUUACCCGUGACUUCUUCUACCAGCGUCAGCUUACGGUAUAUCUUUCCUCCCAAAAGCCGGAAAGAAAGUAGCUCCGACGACAAGGAAGCCUUUCGAAAGAGCUCUGACUCAGAAAGGGUGUUAGGAAGGAUGGUGGUAGAGUCAGUACUAGGUGACAAAAUCUUCAGUACGUAGAUGUGGCGCUCAAUGGCUCAAAUUCAGUAAAACCACCAGAUAAAGAUGACAACCAGCACGAAGUGAUACCGAAAGCGAAAGGUCAAUGUUGAUUGAUGUUAAUUGAAGGACAAGCUAGAUUGGAGCUUCAGUGUUUCAGAAUCACAACGUGUCUCCAGUAACAUACUCAACAGGACAGUAUAGACGGAGGAAACGGCUG